UAACUUCGAGUAUAUAAUGGCCGUACAAACCACUUCUCGGGCCUUGACAGAGACAUAGUCGUUAUCACACAAUACGACUUUUUUUUGGUUUUCUUCUGUUGAAGACCAUUCUCUGCAGCGGGACAACGUCGGGCAGGGACCCCCAGCUUGAGCACCACCGGGUCACUACAGUCUAUAUAUACUCGAUUGCUCCAUAUAUAAUUAUAUAAUAAACACACACACAAAUGGCGGGAAGAAUCUAUCCCAAACUCAAGGAGUCCCUCGAGAACUCCAAGGUCGAGUAUCGGCGGCUGGGCAACAGCGGCCUCCGCGUCUCGGUGCCCAUCUUUGGCUGCAUGAGCUUCGGCGACCCCAGGACUCUGGACUGGGCCAUCGGCGAGGAGGAGGCGCUCCCGCUGCUCAAGGCCGCCUACGACCGCGGCCUUAACACCUGGGACACGGCCAACGUGUACUCCAACGGCGCGUCCGAGAUCAUCGUCGGCAAGGCGCUCAAGCGCUACAACAUCCCCCGCGAGAAGGUCGUCAUCAUGACCAAGUGCUGCUUCGCCGUCGGCGAGGAGCCCGAGCUGCGGGCCUUCUUCGUCCAAAAGGAACUCGCCGAGUCCAAGGACUACGUCAACCAAUUUGGCCUGUCCCGCGCCGCCAUCUUCAACCAGGUCGAGGCUUCGCUCAAGCGGCUCGACACGCCCUACAUCGACCUGCUCCAGAUCCACCGCUUCGACCCCAACACGCCCAUCGAGGAGACCAUGAAGGCCCUGCACGACCUCGUCCAGUCGGGCAAGGUCCGCUACAUUGGCGCCAGCAGCAUGUGGGCCACCCAGUUCGCCCGCAUGCAGUUCUGCGCCGAGCGCAACGGCUGGACCAAGUUCAUCAGCAUGCAGAACCAAUACAACCUGCUCUACCGCGAGGAGGAGCGCGAGAUGAACCGCUUCUGCAACGACACGGGCGUCGGCCUGAUCCCCUGGGCUCCCCUCUGCAGGGGGCACCUGGCCCGCCGCCCGGAGCAGUACGGCACCACCCCCCGGAGCAAGGGCGAGAAGGAGAACGUCCCGGGCGCCCACGGCACCGUCGAGCCCGACUUGACCAUCAUCAAGCGCGUCAUCGAGGUUGCGGAUAAGCACGGGUGGCCGAUGUCCCAUGUUGCUCUGGCUUGGAUAAACAAGCGCGUCACCAGCCCCAUCAUCGGCUUCAGCAAGCUCGAGAGGCUAGAGGAGGCCAUCGCGGCGAGAGGGAAGGUACUGACGGAGGAAGAGGAGAAGUACCUCGAGGAGCUCUAUCAGCCCAAGCCGAUCAACGGCCAUUCGUAA